AUGGAGGACCGGAAAAGAAACGGAAAACAUCAAUUGACAAGUGGGAAUGACGGUAAGGGGGAUAAUUUCGGACAGAUAUUGCUUCUUUGUUUUCCCCUGUCGUUCACGUCUGGCUCCCUGACUUCGGGCGGAGGUAGUAGCGAGAAGGGAGUUGGGUGGAAGAGGAAGAAGAAGAAGAAGAAGAAGAAGAACGACGAAAAGAAGACAAUGGAGGCAGAUGAAGAAGAGGAGGAAUGGGCAGCACAGAAGGAACCGCCCCGUGACUGGGACAGCGCAAGUCUGGGUCGAGGACAGCAAGUGGUGAGGUCAAGUGGAAAACGGACGGAGAGGGAGAGCGAAAGAAAAGGGCUACUAGUAGCAAGCCAGCACAACUAG